AUGUCAAAUACCGUAAAAAGGAGAAUCCAAGGCGUAUUAACAAGUACAUUAAAUGACACACAUGCCAUUAUAUUAGCCCGUGGAGGAUCAAAAGGAAUAAAGAACAAGAACUUGUUGCGAUUUAAUGGAAACAGUAUACUUGGUGGCACAAUUCAAACUAUAAAAAAUUCAGGAAUAUUUGAAAAUAUAUGGGUUUCUACUGACAGUGAUCUAAUUGAAAUGGAAGCUAUAAAAUAUGAUGCUCUGGUGUAUCGGCGACUUCAUGUAUUUGCUCAAGAUCAUUCUUCAUCUUUGGAAGCAGUGAGAGAAUUUUUAUAUAAACACACUUUUGUUAAAAAAUUUGCUUUAUUUCAAUGUACGUCCGUAUUUUUGAAGGAGAAAUACAUUGUGGAAGCGUUUAAUAAAUUCAAAUCGUGUCCCUGUGUCUUCGCUGCUAAAAGGUCACAUAAGUUAAGAUGGAAGCAGCUAGGACAUAAUUUAAUUUUGCCUUUAAAUUUCAAUCCCACUCAAAGGCCAAGGCGCCAGGACUGGGAAGGAGAAUUUUAUGAAACGGGAAUGUUUUAUUUUUCAACUAAGCAAUUAGUAAGCAAAAAUAGUUUACAAAACAAUAGAUGUGCGAUUAUAGAAGUCGAUGCUCAAGAUGCAAUUGAGAUUGAUAAUUUGAAUGAUUUUAAAAUGGCGCAAUGUAUGCUUGAAAUGGACUUACUAAAUUAACUACAUAAUAUUGUUAAAUUUGAGUUCUUUGUAAUUCAGCUGUGAUGACAUAGACACAUACAUAUAUAUAUAUAUUUGCAUUAAAAUUUACGUUAUUACUACAUACAUAUGUACAUAUGUAUAUAAGUUAUCGUUUGUUUAAAAAAUUUCUGUAAAAUGAAACAAAAAGAUAUUUUUCUCACACAA